AUGUAAUCUAUUCGGGCAUAGAGAAUGAAAAAAAUAAUGCAGGUUCAAGGAGAGGUUGGACAGCAUAAAGGGUACACAGCGAUAAAAAUAGCUGGAAAUGCUCAUGAAUUAAUUAGAAAGAGUAAAUCAGCUGCUAAUAAUAUUGGUGAAUUGGCAAUACAAGAUGUAACUAAGAAACUGUUGCAAGACCAAUUCAACUCCAUUAAGAGUUAUGACAUCGCCAAAGGUGAAGAGAAACCUGGCCAAUCAUUUAAGUCGAUGCAUAAUAUGUACGACUUGUAAACUUUGAAGAUUACGAAAUUGUAUAAGAAAAAGGAAAGGAAUCAACUUGAGUAAUAAAUCAGAAGUCAAUUGGCAAGGGAUCCUGAUAAACAACUUUUGCUUUCAGAGAUUUACGAGUAAUUGGAAGAUAAUUCAGAUGGAGAGGUUCUAAAGAAGAAACAAAAAAAUAAAGAAGAGUCUCUGGCUACUCACUAAGAGGAUUACGAUGAAUCACAAGAUCAAACAGCAGAUCUUAAAGUGUGGACAAAAAGAUUGAAAGAGCAAAAGAAGAAGGAGGAGAGUAAACAAGAGGAUAGUAGUAAAUUUAAUGUAAUUCCAUAAAGAAAUAAGCAAAGAGCGUCAACUGAAAUCAAGAAACAAAUUCCAUUCUAGUAAUCAGUUAGGCAAUUGCCUCUUGAAAGAUAAAAUUCAUCAUAAAAUUCAGUCCCCUCCCAAAGUACGCCUAGAUCCUUUAAAGAUGUUAUGAAGAAUGCUGUUUAAAAAGUUAAACAACUAAAGAACUUAAAUGAAGAUCUAAGUGUAGAACGCUCAGUAGAACAAUACAUCUAAAAGGCUUCGGCAGUAGCCUUAAGUGAAUUGAAGGAAAUUGGAGAACUUAAUGUUGAUGAAGAAAAAGGAUUAACCACUAAUUUUGAUUUUACUAGCGAAGGUGUAUAAAGAAUGUAUAAUACUUUGGUUAAAGUCUAGAUGUCUCAAUUUAAAUCAGAAGCUGAAAAGGCCAAAUUUUAUAAAAAACAAACACAACUCAUUUCCAAUAAAUUGAUCUUCAAAAUUAAACAAAAUAAUAUUAUUAUCGAAGCAAGAGUGGUAGCUUAAGAAAAAUUAAGAUUAGAAACCCAUGAGUACCAUGAAAAAAUAGGAUAAAUUAAAUAACUCACUGAACAAUUGCUUCAAGAAAUUAUAGAUCUAAAGGAUCCUAGAAGCUAAGGUAGUCUCUCAAUGAGUAAAUCAAGAAUGUCUUUAGUAAAUUCAUUCAUGAAUCAAUAAAAUAAAUAAAAGGAAUUGGAUUAAGACCUCUAAAUCCUCAGGGAUAGCAAAAAGGCAUAUAAAUAAAAGAUAUUAUUCAAUAAAAAGACUUUGGAGUAAAUAGAUUAGGAUAUUCAUAUUAAAAAGAAAGAAAACAAGUCCUUAUAAAAAUGCUUAGUGAGUUUUUAUUUUCAAGUGCUUAAAAAUGGGUAGGAUGUUAGAACCACAGGAAUAGCAUGGGUUAUUUCAAAAUUAAAUUCAUUAAAUGAAAAAUGUCAUUAUUCAUUUCUGCCUGAUUAUUUGGAUUAAAAGGCUAAGGAAUAUUUACUUCAAAAAGCAACAAUGUUAUCGGACAUCGAAUAGCUAGAAAAAGAGUUGAGCGAAUCAUUCAAGCAAUAUAAAUAAGAAUAAUCCCUUGAUAGUAGUUUGGCUAUUUUAUAAUAGAGUUUAUCCUAAAAUGAUUCCUUGGAAGCAUCUUCAUUGCCUUCAAUAUUUCCUUUUGAUAGUCAUAAAUUAUCUUCAAUAGACUUACAUCAAGCAAGACAAGAUGUUGCUAAGACUUGCAGAAAUAACUAUUCAUUGGAAAAGUUGGGACCAAUUACUUUAGGAUUGACCAAUGAGGAUAUUGAAAACUUAGAAAAUAUGUUAGCGAAACUAAACCAAAAGAAUUAACCAGUUACUAAUGGCACAUUAAUUUAUAAAGAAACUCAAAAAAGAAUCAAAUAGUAAAUCAAGUAAAAAGGGCAAAUGGAGGUCUCAUAAAUCAAUGAUCAAUCUGCUGUUCUCAAAGAAUAGGCAAUACAUUCUUAUGAUAAAUGCAAUACAUAAUUAAACAAAAUCAAAUUGAAGUUAUCACAUUCAGAAGAUGAGUAAGUAAUUAGAAUAGUCAAGGAAUUUGAUUAUAAGAACUAUGGCAAAAGAUUCAGCAUAGAUCCAAUAACAGUGAUUUCAUGUCUUGUGGGAGGAGCUAGAUGUGAUAGGGAAAUUGUGAAGUACGGAAUGAAAAAAAUCCACUAUGAAUGA